GACCGCGCAGGCGCGGCGCGGGACCGGCGCGGGAGGCUGGCAGCAGGUCGCGAUGCCGUACGCCAACCAGCCCACCGUGCGGAUCACGGAACUCACCGAAGAGAACGUCAAGUUCAUUAUCGAGAACACGGACCUGGCGGUGGCCAAUUCCAUUCGGAGGGUCUUCAUCGCCGAGGUGCCCAUAAUAGCCAUCGAUUGGGUUCAGAUUGAUGCCAAUUCCUCUGUCCUUCAUGAUGAGUUCAUUGCUCACAGGCUUGGAUUGAUCCCCCUCACUAGUGAUGACAUUGUGGACAAACUGCAGUACUCCCGGGACUGCACGUGCGAAGAGUUCUGCCCUGAGUGCUCCGUGGAAUUCACUCUUGACGUGAGGUGCAAUGAAGACCAGACUCGCCACGUUACCUCUCGGGAUCUCAUCUCCAACAGCCCUCGGGUUAUUCCGGUGACAUCCCGGAACCGGGAUAAUGACCCCAAUGACUAUGUGGAGCAGGAUGACAUCCUUAUUGUCAAGCUGAGGAAGGGCCAGGAGCUGAGACUUCGAGCUUAUGCCAAGAAGGGCUUUGGCAAGGAACAUGCCAAGUGGAACCCUACUGCAGGGGUGGCUUUUGAAUAUGACCCAGACAACGCACUUAGGCACACGGUGUAUCCCAAGCCCGAGGAAUGGCCAAAGAGCGAGUACUCCGAGCUUGAUGAGGAUGAGUCUCAGGCUCCCUAUGACCCCAAUGGCAAGCCAGAGAGGUUUUACUACAAUGUGGAGUCCUGUGGCUCACUGCGCCCUGAAACCAUUGUCCUCUCAGCCCUCUCUGGGUUAAAGAAGAAGCUGAGUGACUUACAGACUCAGCUAAGUCAUGAGAUCCAGAGUGACAUGCUCACCAUAAACUAGCCGCAGCUUGCCCGCUGCAGAAGACUAGGUUCAAGGUGACCACUGGACUUCAGGUCUUGAGAAGCUUUCUGGUUUCAAGGCUCUGGACUGCAGUUGCACAAGCUUCCCGGAGAGAUUGCCAGGGUUCCGCUGGUAUUAGGCAAGGCAGUUUUUCACUAGGCAUUUAGCAUCCCUGGCCUACCUUGUUGAUCACUGUGGUAUUCCUCAGAACCCCAGACAUCCCUUCCAACCUGUUUCCUAGCUCACUAGCAAUAGGGGCCCUAUUGCUUCCUAGUUGAGAGCCACUGACUUAGAUACCUGGUCAGUCCAGCUGUUAAAAUCUCUGUCCAGGGAGAGGAGCUUUCACAGCCUACUUGGCUUCUGGUGUUGGGACUGAGUAUUAGGACCUUCAUUGAAGCAGGCCGUGGCCUUUCAAGUCUUCCCAGGGUCAGGGUCUGGGCCAGCUUACUGGUGUCCCUAAGCUGAGAUGUCACCCUUUGGGACUAGUAUUAGAUCCUGGCCAUCCUCUCUGUCCACAGGUAAACUUGCUGUUUUAUUCUCUGACCUGACUUUGGGGUGGGGGGGGACAGGCCCCUCCCACAUUUCCUUUCUCUUCAGUGAAGUUCAGGCUCUGCCCUAAGCAGGUCUCCAGAUAGGAACAAAUCUGCCCACCAUGGUUUUCAGGCAGCCUUGGGAGAAGCCCACACCAGCACAGAAAGGAAAGGAUAUUUAUUGAUCAACAAUAGUUGUCUUUUUACAAGUUUUUAUUUUUGGCAAUAAAGAGCACAACAUAAUCUCCUUCA